AUGUAUGGGAACAACCAUGCUGAUGCUCUGGCUACGUUAGCCUCCGCCAUAGAGCAAGGCAUCGGUCACAACAUCCACAUGGAGUUCCUGGAGCAACCCAGCACACAAGCACCAAUCAUAUGUACCAUUGAUCACAACCCUGCAUGGAUGGACCCCAGUAUUCAGUUCUUGCAGAAUCAGACACUAGCUGAUUUCGCUGAGGCACGGCGUGUUCGCUAUCGCUCCGCUUGA